UUUUUAGGUUAUGAACAUAAAUAAAUAAAUAUUUAAACAAAAACUUGCAAUGCCGAAUGGCACUGACGAAAUUGAUAAAACCCCUUUCGAGGGUAUGUUAAUUAACGAUGACGCAUUCCUAAAUCAAUUAGAAGGUCGCUACCCCUGCCCCAAAUGUUCAAAGUCGAGAAAGUACUUUUGUUACACCUGUUACGUGCCGGUGUCAGAGUUGGACGGAAAGUUACCAUUUGUGAAGUUACCACUUAAAAUCGAUAUCAUUAAGCAUAGAAAUGAAAUCGAUGGGAAGAGCACUGCGGCACAUGCAGCAGUGUUAGCCCAUGAGGAUGUUAGUGUGUACACUUAUCCUAAUAUUCCCGAUUAUGAUCACGAUACUGUACUGAUUUAUCCAAGCUUCGAGGCACUUACUAUAAACCAACUGUUUGAUGAACAUAGUAAAAGAGGAAUUCUCAACAUGCUGCCGAAAGGGCACAACAAAACCACCUUAAUGACUGCAAAAUCGAGGGACGACAGCAUAGAAGACUAUAUAGAUGUUAAACACAAUGGCAAUAGUAUUUUACCUGUAAAAAAAGCAGUAUUUAUUGAUAGCACCUGGAAUCAAAGCAAAGGAAUUUAUAAGGAUACCCGUAUUAAUAGCCUUAGGUGUGUCGUUUUACAGCAACGUAUUUCGCAAUUUUGGAGACAUCACAAGGGUAGUCCCAGAUGGUAUUUAUCGACAAUUGAAGCAGUUCAUCAGUUUUUAAUCGAGAUUCAUUUAAAUAUGUGGGGAUUAAAUUCUGAGUAUGAUGGAUUGAAGAAUUGUUUUAGUGAUAGAAAAGUCAACAAUUUAGUAUUAAAUAACAGUAAUUCUUAUGAUGGACAGUAUGAUAAUUUGUUGUUUUUCUUUAGGCAUAUGUAUAAACUUAUUCACACUUAUUAUGAUCAUCAAACAUUGUAUGCUUAUAAGAGACGUUUAUUAUAA